GACAGAUGGAUAGAACCUUCAUAGGGAUCUUUGAGUUGAGUCAGAUCUGACUCACACCUGUUUCUAUGUAGGUUUUUAGAUCAGACGAAGGUGGGAUUUCACUAACGAGGUCAGAAAUUCUCAUCAGCACAGAAACAUGGAGUGAAAACAUCAAGCAGACUCUGAGUUCCUAUGAUGAGGACGACCUCCACCUCUGCAUUAAAUACAAUCAUAUUUUUCUCUGAUAUUUGGAGAUUUGUAAAAGGAAGUUGAUCACUCUUCUUUUGCUUGAACGAAGGUUUGUUUUUGUUGUAACAGAGUUCUCCUCGCUUUUGCUUCUCUCCAGAGAUCUGCUCUCAGACGUUGACUCCUGCUUGGCAGAGCUUUUCCGGAUCAGAUCUUGCCACCAAUGAAACACUCAUGAUGAGGAAAGACUGCAGCUGACGUGGAUACUCACCAUCAUCAUCAUCGCUUUAGACACAAACACUCAUGGAGAAGAGGAACCAGGAGUGAUUCAUGGAAAAGACUUCACCUCUCAGGAAAAUCAGGAAUCUGUUGUCCACAAGACUUCUGCAUUCCUGCUUUUUAUGGGAUUCAUUCCAGCCUUUAUUCCCACAUCAUUGAUAGAUGAAGAAUGGUUUCCUUUGUAAUGAAAUAAGGUUGUGACAUGCGUGUGAAACUCCUCCCACUGUUGGUAAGAAGGUUGUCAUCUUCAUGAGUUUCAGCUGUCUGUGUCCUUAGACCAAAACCUUCAUCUCCAGUUUCCAAACAGCCGUCUUUCCCAACAGGAUGCUUUCUUCAUCCACAAGCUUCUUAGAAAGGAGACUGCAGGAAUCAGGGAGCUGGUGGUGGAGGCGUGAGCCGGCUCCCUGCAGGAAAAACCAGGAAGUUGCUCUACAGACGGCAGACUGGCAGGAAGGAAGGACGCUAACACAGCGACGCUCAACAACAGCUCAACGCUUUUAUCUUCAGCCCCUUCAAGAACUUUUUAUUUUCUGGGUUCUAUAUUGCUGCUUAAAGGAAGAAUGCCUGCCUCCUCCUCCUCCGUAUCCUCUCUUAAACCCAACCAACCCCCUUUUUCAGGUUAUCCUCUGUUUUGAAUGAGGACGUUUGGAUGAUCGGCUCAGCAGAUGGUGCUCUGUGUGGAGCAGAGGCUGAGACCCGGCUCAGACAGGACACUUCUCUCUGGUCAUGGGAUGCUGCAGCGUGACCCAGAGGCACACAGGAGUGGAUGAAGUGGGUCCUGAUGAGAUUGAGCUCCUGGAACUCCCUGGAGAUAGUUUAGGGGUCUGGAGUCCAGGAGACGCCAGACUUCAGCUGAGGAACAGCAGAGAUGAGCUGCAGCUGCAGCCGCCCCCGGCUCCGAGGCCCCCGGCUCCGCGGCCCCCGGCUCCGCGGCCCCCAGCACGUCUCCUGGAACCAGAGGUGGUGCUGUGGGGCAGGAGCAGACAGGAGCUGCACCAGAGGAUCUGCUCCCAGCAGCCCAUCCGGGGCUGGGAGGGCCAGGCCGCACAUCUGUAUGGAGAGGUCCUUCAUUCCUCCCUGGUGUCUCUGUGGGACCGACACUCUCAGGAGACCAGCGAACUCUUCCUGGUUCUGUUCUCCUUCCAUCUGCUGAUUCUGUCCUUGGACCACUCCAGACAAGACUUCACCUAUCAGGGCAUUCUUCCUCUUUCUGGACUUUCUGUGCAGGCGGUUUCUCUGGAACCGGACACGUCACAUUCCCCACACGGGUUGGAGAUCAGCGGUCCAAUGAUGGAGCCAAAGGUGUUCGCCUGUGCUGGUGCUGCAGACCUGCAGAGCUGGCUGCAGCUCAUAGAAGACAGGAGAUGCCGGUCCAUGAAGCAGCUCGCCGGCCCGGCCCACUGCGCCCUCUCCUACCUCCUGCCGUGUGAUGAGCCUUGGAAAAGAGAAGAGCUGAAGAAAUACUUACUGCACGCUCCAAUCUGGCAGUGGGAGGGCUCACCCAUUCAGCACAUGGGGCAGCCGGUGUACAUGUCUGAGGUUCACAUCACCAACUCCAGGCAGGGACAUCAAGAGAGGCUGCUGGUUCUUUUUCCUCAAGAUCUGCUCCUGCUUUCUGUUGACAGCAAGCGGCUGAAUAUGAAAUAUGAGGGCCGGUUAGCCCGACACAGUGUCAGAGCUGUGGAGCGGUCCGCCCUGCUCGGGCGGCUGGAGUUCGAGCUUACGGGUGAACUGUUGGAGCCCCUGCUGGUCUCCUGCUCCCGCCAUGAGGACUAUGGGGACUGGAUGUUUCAUCUGCAGCAGCUAGACAGGAGCGGCCACCUUACUCUGAAUCUCAACCCGUCUCUGAUUGUUCCGAAGCUGGAGGGGCAUCGGAAGGAUUCCCCGGCCCAUCAACGGGUGCAGCUGACCGUGCAGCGGAACCACCCCAGAUUACCCUGAGACUGUAAUCUGAUGUGUGAUAGACAGAUCAUCUGAACCAAAUCAGAUUAUCCAGAGAUUAUAAUCUGAUGGAUGAUGGACAGAUCGGACGAACCUACCCAGAUUAUCCAGAGAUUAUAAUCUCUGAUGUGUGAUGGACAGAUCAUCUGAACUACCUCAGAUUAUAAUCUCUGAUGGAUGAUGGACAGAUCAGAUGAACCUACCCAGAUUAUCCAGAGAUUAUAAUCUCUGAUGGAUGAUGGACAGAUCAGACGAACCACUCCAGAUUACCCAGAUAUUUUAAUCCCAGAGAGCUGUAUGUUGCUGCUUUUCAAUAAAAGAAUACAUAAAUAAACACGUCUUUUUCCACUCAGAGAAAAGCAGGAUUCUGUUUAUUUCAGCAGUUAAACGUUGGCAGCAGAACGCAGGAAACUUCCAGCAGCAUUUCCUUUUACUGUUAUGUUUAAUCUGAUUGUACAAUAGAAAUGCUGUCCUAGAGUAAAUGAACCCGGAUCUCUUCUUGUAGGAUCAAAUCCAUGAGCAUCAGAGUGUGAGUAGCAUAAAUAAAGAUCUGGAUAUGAUGAGGAGGGAUUCAUGAACAGUCCUCAGUUACACUGAGUUUGACCUCGGUGAUGGUGGGGAUUCUGUCUGUUGAAA